AUGUCUGGAACAGUGAGCAGCCCUUUGACCACGCAUGUCCUCAACACCGCAGACGGGGCCCCGGCCGCCCGUUUGGCCCUCAGCCUACACCGCCUUGAGGCCACCACCAAGAUCUGGAGCCUGAUCACAGUCGGGACUACAAACUCAGAUGGCCGGUGUCCAGGACUCAUCUCCAAAGCAGGCUUCACUCCAGGGACAUACAAACUGCGCUUUGAGACGGGAGAGUACUGGGACAGCCUCGGACAGACCUCCUUCUACCCUUAUGUGGAGGUUGUUUUCACCAUCAAGGAGUCGGACCAGAAAUUUCACAUCCCUCUACUCAUGAGCCGCUUUUCAUACAGUACAUACAGAGGGAGCUGA